AUGGAAAACGAGAGACUAGCCAAGAAGCCGAUUCCACAAAGUCAAGAAGCAACUCCAGCGCAAAAAAAGAGCAUUCCAAAGGUGGUCGUCACACAGCCAUCGAAUGGAAAUCUCUUUCCCCGUCCAUCCGUCUCCAGUUCGUAUGGCUCCGAAAUGGGAAACUACGAGAAAACGCAUUGCUGUUUUUGCAGUAUAUUG